CCACCACGGGACACCAACCCGAGUACCGCAUACUGUACUUGUAGUUGACUACAUUGGGAAGAUGGCCUCCCUCACCGCCGGCUCGUCGGCGCACAUUCCCGAUACGAUUGCAGCCAAGCGGGCUGCAGCGCGAUACGAGCUGCGCAAGGAGUCUGGCAUGCUCGCAGAGCUGACAGCAACGGUAGCGACGGCUGUUGGCGGUGACACGGUGUAUGCCACCCAGCUGUGGGACGUGCCGGAGAAGGUUCACGACAACUGCGCAGCCAUGCUUGAGGCGACCAACGAGGUAGCGGCCUACUGGCGGGCGCGCGCUGCCAUCGAGGCCGACUACGCCGCCGCCCUCGCCAAGCUCUCCAAGUCGACCAAGGACAAGGCCUCGUUUGUGAACGUGCCCGGCUGGAACCGCCUCGUGCCGCUGCUUGACGUCGAAGCGACCCAGCACGCCGAGCUGGCCACCGAGAUGGUCGACCAGCUACAUGCACAGCUCUCCGAAUUUGCCUCGACCAUGGACACCAACCUCAAGCUCCUGGGCAAGGUCCACCGCUCGCUUGUCAAGGACGCCGCUUCGGCUGCAGACAACGCGUCCAAGCUCGAGUCCAAGUACAUCUCUGCGGCGCAGGCCGAGGAGAUUGCCUCGUCCGAGCUCCGCGUCGCCGUCACCAACAAGGCCAAGGCGUCCAAGAUUGCCAAGCUCGAGAAGGACGUGGGUAAGAAGGCCAAGGCUGUGGCCGAGGCCCAGGAAAAGUACGUCGCCGCCAUCGACGAGGCCAAUGCAAUUCAACGCAAGCAGUUUGCCCUCCUCUCGUCGUACGAGUCUCUCGAGCUUCGCCGCGACGAGCGGACCAUCCAGCAGCUCAACCUUUACCUCGAGCUCCGCGCUCUCUCCCUCGACAAGGUCGCCGCUGCCGCCGAGGCCGCCCAGGAUGCCAUCUCCUCGCACCAUCCGACCGAGAACCUGGAGCUUUUGCCACCGAGCACGCCUCGGGCGAGCCGCGCCCGCUGCCCGCUGUCCCCGUCGAGUACCGCCAGGGCGAGCUCUCCGAGAAGCAGGCCGCCAAGCUCGCUAAGAUCCGCUCGCAGCUCGAUCCCGAGGCCGUCGCCGUCUUUGGUGUCGAGCUUGAAGACCUCAUGGCCCGCCAGGCGCCCGACGCGCCUGACGCCGCCAUCCCGGCCGUCCUCGACAUCCUCAUCGAGACGCUCCGUGCUGCCAAGCCCGAAGCCGCCGAAGGCGUCUUCCGUGUUCCAGGCGACGCCACUGCCAUCAUCCACCUCAAGGCCGAGCUCGACUCGGGCGCCGACACCCUGGCCACCACCGAUGUCCACGUCGCCGCAGGCCUCCUCAAGCUCUGGUUCCGCGAGCUUCCCACCCCGCUCAUUCCGCCCAACCUCUAUGACGACUUUGUGGCCAACGACGGUGCCGCCGUCGCCGCCGUCUUUGACCGCCUCCCGCAGGUCAACCGCGACGUUGCCCUCCGCCUCGUCUCCUUCUUGGGCGAGCUCUGCACCGAUCCGGCCAUUGUCGAAAUCACCAAGAUGUCCGACGAGAACAUGGCCAUGGUCUUCACGCCCUCCUUCCUCCGGACGCCCUCGGACGACCCCAUGGCCAUCAUGAACGCCCAGGCUGCCGAGCAAAAGGCCGUCCUCGCCCUCCUCCGCCACAUCCUCGCCAUUCCGGACCCCAACGCACCCGCACAGGAGGCCUCUCAAGACAACGCUGCGCUGCCACCGCCGCCCUCCUCGGCCCCGCCGCCGCUCCUCCCCACCCCGGCCCUCCCGCCGCCGCCCUCUCACCCGCCCCCGCCCGAGGCCACCAACGAGGUCCUCCCGCCGCCGCCCUCGCAUCCGCCGCCGCCCGAUGCCUAAACGCAUCCCCCCCCCGUCCCUACUCACCACACAAUCUCCCUCUACCCACCCACCACCUCCGCCUCGCCCCUCCCAACAAACGCCAUCCUUGCCCA